AGUAGUUGGCCGUUUUAGUUUGCACCUGCGAGUGACACCGCGCGAGCCGCUCUUCUUUUUUCCCGUUCCGUUCGUUUGCUUCGCGCCCGUCUGCGUUUUAUGUUUUCCGGCGUCGAGUGCACGACUCCGGCGGCUUCGGCACUCAGGCAGUUUCUCUCGCCAGGACGGAUCCGGCCAACGCGGCGGACACGGCACCUGAUCAUGAGGCUGAAGCGAGAAGGAUGAGCAGGCCGCGACGAGUGCGCCCAGACCAGGCAGAGGCAAGCAAGUGGCGACCGCAAUGCUGUGCUGUGGCAGGAGAAAGGGCCGAGAUGCAAAUCCAGACUUGGCCACGAGUCCUCGGCGGCAGACGCAACAGCAGAUGCAGCAACAGCAGACCAUGGGUGGCCUGCGGCCGAGAGAGCCGCCGCCCAUGGUCAUACAAGGAGAUUUCAGAAAGCAGGUGAGUGGGAUAUCGACGGAGAUAUUCCGGCAAAUCGAGACAGUCGAGAACGACCACGAUGCGACGACGGCAGCUGCUCUGGAGGCUGUGGAGCGGCGCGGCGAGAUGGUGGUGCGGAUGCUCGAUCCCAGACACAUGGGGCGCGCCGCGCAGGACGCCGUCAAGCGAUUUCUCAUGCUGCAAGACUCGAAGCACGCGGUGCACUUUGUGGAGAUCGUAAAGCGGCCAGGGCAGACGCUGGGACUGUACAUCCGCGAGGGCAACGGCAACGACCGCAACGAGGGCGUCUUCAUCUCGCGGAUCGCGCUCGAGUCGCCCGUCUACCACAGCGGCUGCCUGCACGUCAGCGACGAGAUCCUGGCCGUCAACCUGGUCGACGUCACCAGGAUCAGCCUGGACGACGUCGUCAUCAUCAUGUCCAUCCCGCGACGCCUGGUGCUCACCACCAGACGCAGGCGCGGCAUGGCCACCGGACCCGGCGGACCGGGCACCUCAGCGGGACCAGCAUUUCAGGCGCGGUCGCUGGACAUGAAGCCAGCGCCACCUGUGGUUGUGAUGAAGAAGGAUCUGGAUUUGGGCGACGACGGCCCGGACGCCGAGAGCACGAGCAACGGCGAGAACGGACUCAGCAUGUCGAUGCUGAGGGACCCGUACGGCCUGCACCAGCGGCCCGGCGCGUCCGCCACCCUGCAGAGGAUUCCUGGACACCACUCGUCCGCCUACUCGGCCGGCAUCGCGCGCGCACACUCGCAGCAGCAGCUCGGACUCAACAACAUGGGACAGGAGUCGGACCCGUACUUGUACUACAACUCGCGGCCAGAGUACGCGCGGCAUCUGCACGAGCAGCAGCAACAGCAGGCGGCGCAGCAGCAGCAGCAGCAACACCAGUCGUGGGCGCCGUACCAGCCGCCGCCGCCGCCCAUCACGACGCAGCCCAAGCCGUCGAUGGGCCAGCAACACUUCCAACCCUUUGACAGGAAUUAUCCCAAAACCCUAGAGUCUCUGGCCGAAAAGAGCACCGCCUCGUAUUACCCCUAUCAGGUGCACACCUUCUACGGUGGGCCGGGCUCGUCCAGCACGACGGGCCGCCGCCCGCACCAGCCGGUGUCGCGGCUGCUGUCCUCGGGCACGCUGGGCAUGCGCCGCGGCGUGCCCCGCUCCGGCAGCGACCAGCAUUUGCCGCGCGUCGACACCUCCGACGUCUACGACUACGUCCGCCAGCGCUCCUCGCACCAAAAGUCCCUCUCCGGCGCCUCCGCCGCCUCCUACCGAGGCUACGGAGGCGCCUCCGCCGCCGCAGUCGCCGGCGUCCCGCGCAGGCGCACCCCCAGCCUCGACUACGCGUCCGACACAGAGGCCACCACCGUCCCCAGGAGGAGCUACCUGCAGCUCACCAGCAGCCUCGCCGCGGCUGAGCAGCGACGCGGACAGUACACAGCCGCACUUCAGAGUUUACAAGCACAACACGGACUGCGGAGCAACUCGCUGCCGCGCGACUACAACCGCGGUCGGUCGCGGGGCCUGGUGCGCUUCGACCGGACGAUGGGCCCGACGGCGCACGACUACGACAGCGACGGCGCCCUGUCGGCGCCCGAGAUGCCGCUGAUCAAGCGGGGCCGGGUGCCGUCGUCGCCGAGCAUCUUCACGUCCGAGGAGUACCGCACGUGGAUGCAGCGCACGCCGUCCACCAGCGCCAUCUACGACCGCCUCCGCGCCUCCGGCAGGAGCAACAGCCUCGCCAGCGACAUCCUCAGCACGCACCGACCAAGAUUCACCUUCAGCGCAGAAAACCUCACCCUCAUCGACAGGGACCCGUCGCUGUUCUCGACACUGCGGUCGUCGCCGCUGACGUCGACGCUGGACCGGAACUCGCUGGCGCGCGCCUCCUUCCGCGGGGAAAGCUCGGCGUCGCGGAGCGGCGCCGGGGGCGGUGGUCUGACGUCGUCGGCUUCCUCGACGUCGCUGCGGCGGAUGCGGCACCUGCUGGACGAGCGCAACUCGGCGCUGGCCGGCUCGUCGACGGCGCUGGCGUCGGCGAGCGCCGCGCUGCGCGGCGCCACCACGCCCACCGACCCGCGUUCGCGCAUCCUCGACAUCAACCCGGCCGAGUUCCUCAAGUACAAGAUGGAGAAGUCGUCGUUGGCGCCGUCGCCGGCCCUCGGCGGCUCCGGCUCCGCCGCCGGCGUCAGCGGCCUCCUCUGGGUGCACCUGCUCGCCGGUCGCGGACUGAAGGCCACGCCCACACCAGGCGCAAGAGGGGCACUGUCGCAGUGCCGCGACCUGUACUGCGUGCUGGAGUGCGACCGGGUGCACAAGGCGCGCACGGUGGUGCGGACGGGCGAGCUGGUGUUCGAGUGGGACGAGACGUUCGAGCUGGACCUGGUGGACAACCGGCAGCUGGACCUGCUGAUCUACUCGUGGGACCCGCACUUCCGGCACAAGCUGUGCUACAAGGGUUCGCUGCACGUGUCGCAGCUGCUGCGCGAGUCGCCGGUGCACCAGUUGGCGCUGCGGAUCGAGCCCCGCGGCACGCUGUACCUCAAACUGCGCCACACGCCGCCACGGCUCGCCUUCCGACGCAACGGACACCUCGGCCUGGUCAGCAGGAACCUGUUCGGCGCCGACCUCGACGCGGUGGUCGCCCGCGAGAGCGGCAUUGCCGCCGUCACGGGGGCCGGCGGCGCCACCUCCGCGUCCGUGCCGGUGCUCGUGCGUCGCUGCAUUGAGGAGGUCGAGCGGCGUGGACUGGAUAUCAUUGGGCUCUACCGCCUCUGCGGCUCGGCCACCAAGAAGCGCAUCCUCCGCGAGGCCUUCGAGCGCAACCCGCGCACCGUCGACCUCAGCCCUGACAAUGUUCCCGACAUCAACGUUAUCACUGGCGUGCUUAAAGACUACUUAAGGGAGCUUCCUGAGCCACUCUUCACAAAAUGCCUGUAUCAGAUGCUUCUGGACGCACUCUCCGUUUGCCUGCCCGACGACCCUGAGGGCAAUGCCAAGCUCAUGUUCUCAAUUCUAGACUGUCUGCCCAAAGUCAACAGGUGCACUCUGAUCUACCUGAUGGACCACUUGGCGCUGGUGGUGUCGCAGUCGGACAGAAACAAAAUGGUUCCUCAAAAUCUGGCCGUGUGCUUCGGCCCGGUGCUGAUGCUGCAGAGCGAGGACCGACCGGGCGAAGAGCUCGACUUCCUGCAGCCGAUUAGCGUGCUCAAAUACCUGCUCGAGAUUUGGCCGUUGAAGUCAGUUCGGGAAGCGAGCCGUACUGGAAAGGAGGCGCCGGCGCAGCCGCCACGACUGACCAGGCUUUCCAACUCGUUGAGCAGCGGGAACGUGCGCACCUCCUCGACACUCGCCGUCGCCGGCUCUCAGAGCAGCUCGAGCUGGCUCAGGCAAGGAGUGACGCCAUCAUCACAGCAGCAACCGCCAGGGGCGACUGGCAGAGACGCAGGUGUCUCAGUUUUGACAACUCAAGCGACAGCGGCGGCCAACAGCAUCAUCAACAACAACAACAACAAUCACAGCAGUUCGGUGGGCAGUAUGUCGGGGGGUCCGGGGGCGGUCACUUUGCCGCGGAGAGGCAUCAGCAGCAAUCCGACCGUGGCAGCGCUGCGCUCGGAGGCGGCGGCGGCGGGCGGGCUUUCGUCCCGGGGGGCGCCAUCGUCGGCUCCGCCGCUGCCGCCGCCGCAGCGGCACCAUCAGCAGCAGGAUUACCAGUCGUCGGCGGGGGCGGCGCCGCCGGCGCUGCCACCGCGUUCCAACCCUGGCAGCAGGCCGUCCAUAAUCGGCCAUCCGUCGAUCAUCGGCCACCCGUCGAUAAUUCGGCCCUCGAUUAUCGGUCAUCCGCAGUCAAUCCAUCACAACAACAACAACAACAACAACAACAACGGCGGCAGCUACCAGACCCUGCGCUUGCAAGAAAGUCAGCAGGCCAUCUCGCCGGCCGAGUCCCUUGAGUCGUCGACCAGCUCGAGUCCGGCCGCCGACAAGGUGGCGUCGAUCGCCACCAACGACGGCAGCGGCGCCGACGACUCGUCCGAGGCCGAGACGGUCAGCUCGAGCGGCUCGCAGCGCCGGCCGCAGAGCCAGUCGUCGAUCCGGGCCUCGGCGGCCGCCGCCGGCCGCCACAGGCCGCAGGACGGCGAGCAGGGUGACGACGGCGACGUCGAGGAGAGCGAGGACGGCUCCGAGAAGGGCACCACCCGCCUCAGUCUCAAGUAGACGAGCAGCAGCAGUGUAUACGCGCAAUAAAAAUCGACGAUGAAAGUUGCACUCGAGGUCCGAUGAGAGAAAUAUGUGCCUUUUCGUAAACAUAUGCACUCUCAUAGCGCGGCAAUAAACCUUCAACGCGAGCACUCUUAAACGUCCUUGCUGGGAAAACGCAAUAAAAAUUAUUCCCGAGCUUCGAAAUCGCAACUAGAGAAAUAAUAUUUAAAAAAAAAAUGGCGUUUGCCCCGAAAGUUAACAAUGGAAAAUUGCCAUCCAGCAAGAAAUUUGAUAUUCUCGAUGUCCAACGAAACAAUGGAAAUCCUUGAAGAUCCUCAGAAUAAAAUCUUUUGCAUGGCACAGUGACGUAAGUUUCAGAUUUAUAUCACCUUUUCUAAUUCUGGUCCAAAGACUGAAGUUUCCAGCAUUCUCGGGAAUUUUUUUGCAAACAAAUAUUUCAUAUGGGGCCUCGGUUGUUUUCAAAUUCCAAUGAUUAAAAAUUUUGAACUCUCUGUUAAACAGUUCAGACCAAAACAAACACAAAAAAUCAGUCUAAAAAGGCAGAGUAGCAGCGAAAAGUCGACAACCACCAACUAUCUAUUAAGAAAGUCACAUUAUCUCGUCGGGACGAAGACGAAUGAUCAAUUAAUUAAUUAUCUCGUGGUGCCGCAGCACGGAUUGUUUAAGAGUGAACCGCGACAAACUGACAUUUGCGAAGAAGCGAAUACGAAUCCUAUUGUAAGACGAGGACUUGGAGCAAUAAGAAGACAGGUGGAGACGGAUGCAAACAUCACUGCCAGAUUUUGAUUUCGGUUCCUGAAUGGCCAAUUCUCUCUCUUCUCAUAUACACGUACGAGUAUGUGUACAUAAACACUAACUUCUAUGUUGAAACAUUGAGAAAUCUUGUAAUUUGGAAACAAAUCAUGUCCAAUUAAUGUGGUUUCUUGAGUGAUAUAAGUUCAUUAAAACGUUUCAAAUUACAGGGUACAUACACGCUUGGAUUGAUUUUAAUUGAGAUUCGAUGAGUUUUCUUUUUCUAUAUAUAGUUGGACAUUGUUUUUCCAAAGUAAAAGGUGGCUCAAAAGUGAAUAAAAUACUCGUUCGCCACAUCUUUCUUGUGCUACAAACAUGAUGAUAUAAUUACGAAAAACGGUGCUAGAUGUGCGACCACGAAACCAAAUCGUUGAUUAACCGCGAGUGAACGAUGUAUAAAAUUCUAUAUUCAAGGAAACGCGCGCGCGAUUGAUUGUUUCCUCAGCAAUUAAUUACUGUUAGCGAGCAGCAGCCGUGAAUGCUUCCAAAUAAAAUUUCCUCUCAUUGAUCAGCAGCAGAGUCAAUUUGCCCCCGCCGAAGCGCAGAGGGCCUCGUUUUCUGUGUAGAGACAUAAUUAAAAAAUAACAAUGGCGUUUGUCCCAAAAGCAACAAUGGAAAAGAGCUAAAAUUCCACCCAGCAGGAAAUUGGAUAUGCUCGGAUGUUCUCAGAUAUCUUCGCAGUGUCCAACGAAACAAUGGAAAAAGGGAUAUCUGAGGAAAUCUACAAGAUAUCUUUGGAUACCUUCCGGAUAAAUCCUUGAUUUUGAAUGAAACAGUUGAAAGAGAUUUUGAUAUCCUGUUUCUUGUUGGGCGCGGCGACGUAUGAAUUAAGAUAAUAAGUUUCAGAUAUUUAUAUCGCCGCUCUCGUUUCGAAUUUGCUGUAGAGAGAGAGAGAGAAAGAGAACACUCGAAAACUCUCGACGUGCGCAAGAGGACCACGUUGAUUGCGAUUCUCCUCCCCCGCGUAUGCAUAUAUAUAUUGUUGUAUUUUUCUUCUCAGGGACCAUUUCGGUAGGCCUAACGGUGCAUGAAAAAAAAUCUCCAUUUUUUGGGACAAACACGACACGAUCGAGAUUCUCAGCCAUCGCAUUUCUUGUUUCCUGGAGCUGCCUGAGUCCACGAAAUCUAUAUAUCAUCACACAUACCAUUGAUAUCAGCCGGUCGAGGCACAAACUAAUUGUAAAAUAACGAUUACUAACCGCGGAUUUUCCCUCUAUUUGAAAAAGCAGGUGACUAAAUCAAAAGCAGCGUUUUUUGGACUUGUGCGCGGCAAUUUGAAAUUUGUAAAACGUGUGUGUAACAGUAAAAAACAGUAAAUCUGGCGAAACGUACAUGAAUUUGUGUGCACAUAUCAUAAUAAUUUGGGGGUAUUUGUCUGCUGUGUGUGUACUGUCCGCGCGCAGAGACACGCGACGGAUUAAUUGAUUUCUGCUAUGUAGAAGAUGUGAAUGCGUUUCAGUUGGUCGCGAGAGAGAGAGAGAUAAUUAAUAUAAAAUUGAAGAAUAAAAAAAAGAGAAAGCUGAGAGGUUGACUGCGUGUGUUGACUGGGGUAAAUUAGCACAGACACAAAAAAUAUUGUGUAAAAUUUUUUCCAAAAAGCGGUGAGACGACGAGGAGACGAACCAUCAUACGCAAUUACCAUAACACAUAAUUGAUGUACAAAAAACUGAGACACGACACGAGAGCAACACACUAAACUGGGACGAGAAUAUAUAUAACUCAAAGUGUUAUAAUUUGAGCUCAAACUUUGAUUUAAUUUUUUAUUGCAUUUCUACUUUCUUAAAUGUAAAACAAUCCAAUAAAAACUACGAAAAACAUGUAACGCGCGCAAUGAUACAACAUUAAUUAAUUAAUAAAUGAAAAGUGUCCUGAGAUAAUUGUUUCGAUUACGCAGUUAUUAUCUUAUCAUUGUUGUAUAGUUAUUAUCAUUAUUGAAUUGAUAUCUAAAAGAUUAUAAAUCGAUAGUUAUUCCUGUAAAUAUUAUUAAAAUAACUAUGGUGGCGAUGAAUUGUAGAAUAUGUUACAAUAAAAGAAUUAUAUAUCAAGGGCUGUUCAUGAGUAUAUCAAAAA